GGGUCCCCUAGUUCUGUGUUGGUUUUCGGGUUCGUGCAGUUCACUGCGGGAGCCGAGAUAUUCAAGAUUUCUCUGCUGCUUGUCAGUUGAGAGCGUUGCGAUUGGAUUCCCGUUCCUCCCCUUGGCUUCGGCUCAGUUCGUCCUUUAACAUCACGGCAAUUUGUAGCAACUUCCCGAAGCUCAGGCGGGGCUUCUCGCUUUGCAUAAAGGGUACUUCGUUUCGUUCCUUUGUGACAGCUUUGUGCAGGCGAAACCACUGCAGUGUUGAAAACAAGUUUCGCGUUUCAAUAUCGGGUGCCAUCGUUUCGAAGCGGUGGGCAUCCCCCACACCGUUCUUUUGCGACAGCACAGCGUUCGAGUCGUGCUUUAGGCCCAGCCGUUCAAAAACGCACGGCUCGUUUUUGGCUGUUCCCUUACUCAGACUUUUAGAGCACGCGUAAAUACUGUAUACAUAAAGUGUGCGUGUCAUUUGUCUCGUUUAUGCCCCCUCGGGUUCUGUAAAGUGGCCUGCCCGUCCGUCUUUGCGCACACCUCCAGGUCCAUUGUGGAGGUCGUCCCGUUAACGCCAUGAAUCCCGCACGUGAUUCUACCUGUGAACCGACUAGUGUAAAGAUGGUGUCAGAGGCACCAGGCGUUCCUUCCUCGCCGUCCACAGAAGUGCGCACUGCUGCGUUGAAGGCGUGGCGAGCGUGGCGAAAGGACAACAAAGGUCCCCUAGAAGAGGUCCUGCAGAACCCUGCUGGGUACAGUCUUUACAAAGCUAUGAAGUCAUCCGCAGGAGGGCCGGUCCCAAAUACGUUUCAGCAAUGGCUGCAGCAAAAUGAGCAUGCGAAGCGGUGGCUUGCAUGGCGCCAGGGAUGUCCGGGGCAGUUGCGGGAGGUUUUGGCAGACCCAGAGGGCUGGCGGCUCUUCUCCACGAUGAAGCGCGAGAAGGGUCAGCCGGUUCCCGACACGUAUGAGGAAUGGCGAGACUUGCCGGAGCACAAAAUCGUUGUGAGCAGACGGACGUGGUCAGCUUGGCGUCGCGCCCAUCCGGGGCCUUUGGCUGCGACGCUGGCGGAUCCUGAGGGCUGGGCCCUCUACCGUCAAAUCAAAGUAUCGGACGGAAAAGAUGUUCCAGAAAGGUACGAGGAUUGGGUGUCUCACCCGACUGUGCGCAAGCAGGCGGCCAUGGAGGCCUGGACGCAAUGGAGGCACGAGCAUCCCGGCCAGCUGGCGAAAGUUCUCGCGGAUCCUCAGGGUUGGACGCUGUACAAAGCCAUGGUUGAGUGUGGAGACAAGCGGAUUGAGGCUACCUACGAAGAGUGGAUGGCGAAGCGCGACGCGUCCCCGACGUCCUGGGCAGUGUGGCGUAAGUCGCAUCGCGGCCCCCUCAACGAGGUUCUGAAGGACCCAGCAGGGUGGGCGGCUUUCACAGCGUACAACACGAAGAAGGGUGUCUCUCUGCCCGCAACCUACGAAGAGUGGGUGCAGCUGCCCGAGCAGCAGAAAGGUGCAGCCUCUUUCAAGUGGUCCUCCUGGCGGAAGACCCACAAGGGACCCCUCGCGGAGGUUCUCGCGGACCCCGAAGGCUGGGCGCUCUACGUCAACAUGCUCGAAAAGGGUUCUCACGCCCGCAUCCACUCGUCCUACGCCGAGUGGCUCGAGGCGUACCGGGCCGCAAAGAGUCCGGGGAGCAGUGCGGCGCAGUGGCGGCAGUGGCGCAAGGCCCACGAAGGACCGCUCGAGCAAGUCCUCGCUGACCCUGAAGGGUGGAAGCUGUACGCUGCGCACAUGCAGCGAGGUGGGCGCCGGGCUUUCCCAGGCGACUUCGAUACCUGGCUUCGCAUCCACCAAGCAGAAGCCAAGUGGAUUGAGUGGCGGCGAGUCCACAGCGGGCCGCUGAACAAAGAACUUGCUGACCCGGAGGGUUGGGAACUCUUUCGCCUGCGCAGCGCCGCUCGAGGCAACACCACCGUUCCGGCGACGUACGCUGAGUGGAUGAAACUGCCCGAACAACAGGUCUUCGUCGCUGUGGACGCCUGGGCCGCCUGGCGCCAAACCCACCCGGGACCGCUGAAGGACGUGCUUCAAGCUGAUGGCGCGACUGGCUGGGUUCUGUACCGCGCCAUGCUUCGCGCUGCGGACUUGGACCUCCCGGACGACUUGGCUACGUGGCUCCAAGACUCCGGGAAACACAUCAAACUCGCCUGGCAGGCCUGGCGCGACAAGCACAAGGGCCCGCUGCGCCGCGUGCUGGCAGACCCCCUUGGCUGGGUCCUGUUCAAGAACAUGGUGGAGAGUUCCGGGGCGUCGAUCGAACAGACCUUCGAGGAAUGGGCACAGAGCAAGGCUCCAUCCGGGAACGAGUGGAUCAACUGGCGGCGGGCGCACAAGGGCCCGCUGCACGAAGUGUUGCAGGACCCCGAGGGUUGGAAGCUGUAUCGGGAAAACCUGGUUAGGAAGAACGUGGUUGAUGUGCCGCAGAGUUUUGAGGACUUUCUGCAGCAGCCCGACCAACAGAAAGCUGCCGCGACGUCUAAGUGGUCGUCUUGGCGCCGGGUCCACCGCGGCCCGCUUGUCACCGUUCUGGCAGACAAAGAAGGCUGGCAGCUGUAUGUGAACAUGAUGGAGAAACUAGGGCAUAAAAUUUGCUCUUCAUUUGAGGAGUGGUCUUCAUCUGCGCAGAUGCACAAAGGCCGGGCGGCGCGCGAAUGGCGGGCCUGGCGACGGGUGCACAAGGGGCCUCUCACCACCGUGCUCGCCGACCCGGACGGAUGGGACCUGUACAAAGCGUGGACUGCAGGCGCCUCCAACCGUAUGACACACAACUCGUAUGAGGAGUGGUGUAUACAGAAGGAAAAAGGCCGCGAAUGGCGCGACUGGCGCACGAAGCAUCCGGGGCAACUGAGGACCGUGCUGGCUGACCCUGAGGGCUGGGAGCUAUUCAGAAAGUACAACGAGGCGCGAAACCGCUCCGUGCCCGCGAGAUUUGCUGAGUGGCUCGAGCAGCAGCAACAGCAAAACCCGGUUGAGAAGGAGGAGUGGCUGGCAUGGCGUCAAAAUCACGCUGGAAAGCUGUCAGAUGUCCUCGCCGACCCCGAGGGAUGGAAACUCUACCGUAAAAUGAAGGAGACGGCUCGAGAGCCGGUUGCGGCCUCGUACGUGGAGUGGCUUCAGGCGUCGCGGAACGUAGCUGUGAACGGCGUCGCUCAGGCGUAAGCGUUUGGUGUUCUUUCGUUGCGCAGAAGUACGCGCUAAUUCAGUUGUGAGUCUUGAUGUGGAGACACGGGGUAGUUUUUCUGUUUUGUUGCGGGUGCAUGUGGAAUUCCGCGUUGUCCGUGUAGUAACGGUGAGUGGUAUUUAGUUGGGAUUGCAACAAAAUUGGGCCUCACGAACAAAUAUAGUGUGUCGUUCUUUUUUGGUCGUGCUACGGUGUGAGUUUUCCGUUCUCUUCGCUCACAUGCCUCUACAAUCAGGUAGCUUUUUGCCAGGGAUCUAUGUGAGCGGUCCUUCCUGUGCAAUUCUUUGGUCUAAACAUUCACGGUGAAUUGUAUAAACCUCUAUGUUGUACGGCGAAAACAUCGCGCGUAUCCCCCUGUUUUAGGUAAUAGUCACUUGUUUCCCACCGGGUGCGACAUCCAGGUUACAGAUAAAUGGGAAAUGGUUGGUGGGCGUAUGGCCCAGUUAAAUGUUUGCGAAC